AAUCCCCCUACAUCACCACCAACACUCUUCAAAAUCUCUCUCUAUCAUACGCCCCUCCAGCACCACCACAUUUCAGCUAACUUACGCCCCCCCUCCAAAAAACAAUGGAUCUUCUUCUCCUAGAGAAGACUCUCAUAGCCCUCUUCAUCGCCGUCGUCCUUGCCAUCACUAUCUCUAAAUUACGAGGCAAACGCUUUAAACUCCCACCCGGACCCAUACCCGUACCCGUAUUCGGAAACUGGCUCCAAGUCGGAGAUGACUUGAACCACCGCAAUUUAACCGACUUGUCCAAGAAAUUCGGGCAAAUAUUCAUGCUCCGAAUGGGCCAACGCAACCUAGUAGUAGUGUCCUCCCCGGACCUGGCCAAAGAGGUGCUCCAUACCCAAGGGGUCGAGUUCGGGUCCCGAACCCGGAACGUGGUGUUCGAUAUAUUCACGGGUAAGGGUCAGGAUAUGGUGUUCACAGUGUACGGUGAGCACUGGAGGAAGAUGAGGAGAAUCAUGACGGUUCCAUUUUUUACGAAAAUGGUCCAACAGUACUGGUUCGGGUGGGAGGAAGAGGCGGGUCGGGUGGUGGAAGACGUGAAGAAGAACCCGGAAGCGGCGAGCAAUGGGGUGGUGCUGAGGAGGCGGUUGCAGCUGAUGAUGUACAACAACAUGUACAGGAUUAUGUUCGAUAGGAGGUUUGAGAGCGAGGAGGACGCGUUGUUUGUGAAGCUGAAGGCGUUGAACGGAGAGAGGAGUAGGUUGGCGCAGAGCUUUGAGUAUAACUACGGCGAUUUUAUCCCCAUUCUGAGGCCCUUUUUGAGAGGCUAUUUGAACAUCUGUAAGGAGGUCAAGGACACGAGGUUGCAGCUCUUCAAGGACUAUUUUGUCAAUCAAAGGAAGAACCUAGCAAGCACAAAGAGCAUGGACAACAAUAGUCUGAAAUGUGCAAUAGAUCAUAUUCUGGAUGCUCAACACAAGGGAGAGAUCAAUGAAGACAACGUUCUUUACAUUGUUGAGAACAUCAACGUUGCUGCAAUUGAAACGACACUAUGGUCCAUAGAAUGGGGCAUUGCAGAACUCGUCAACCACCCACAAGUCCAGAAAAAGCUCCGGCAAGAACUCGAUGCCGUGCUCGGCCCUGGCACCCAAAUCACCGAGCCGGACACCUACAAGCUGCCAUACCUCCAAGCUGUAGUCAAAGAGACUCUCCGCCUCCGCAUGGCAAUCCCUCUCCUAGUCCCUCACAUGAACCUCCACGAUGCCAAGCUCGGCAGCUAUGACAUCCCGGCCGAGAGCAAAAUCUUGGUUAACGCGUGGUGGCUCGCCAACAACCCAGAAAGCUGGAAGAAACCAGAAGAGUUUAGGCCCGAGAGGUUCUUGGAAGAGGAGGCUAAGGUUGAGGCCAAUGGAAAUGACUUCCGGUACCUUCCAUUCGGUGUUGGUAGGAGGAGCUGCCCUGGGAUUAUACUUGCUCUGCCGAUUCUGGGUAUUACUUUGGGGCGGUUGGUGCAGAAUUUUGAGCUGUUGCCGCCUCCUGGACAGUCGAAGAUUGAUACUGCUGAGAAGGGAGGGCAGUUCAGCUUGCACAUUUUGAAGCAUUCAACUAUUGUGAUGAAACCAAGAUCAUUUUAAAUUUCAUCUUCUUCGUUUUUGCUUGUGGUUUUGGCAAAAACUUGGGGUAAUGUGGUUUCAAUUUCACUACUGGACUGUAAAUCUAUGGAUCUGUAAGGAUAAUUCACAAGUUUGGAAUAAGGUUUUUGUUCUAUU